CGCAACUAAAAAGUAAAAACACAAAAGACAGAGAUCUCAAAAACAAAGAAGCAAAAAAAAAACAGGGAGAUGGGUUUUGUUACAGAUGAAGUGAGAGCUAGGGCAGAGAAAUACACAGGAGAUGAGCUAUGCCGCGAGAAGACCAAGGAGUUCCUCAAGGAAGUUGAUAUGCCUAAUGGGUUAUUGCCACUGAAGGACAUUGAAGAGGUUGGAUACGACAGAGAAACCGGUGUUGUGUGGCUGAAGCAGAAGAAGAGCAUCACUCACAAGUUUGAAUCUAUUGGGAAACUUGUCUCUUACGGCACUGAGGUCACUGCCGUGGUGGAAGUCGGAAAGAUCAAGAAGCUUACCGGUGUUAAGGCCAAGGAGCUUCUUAUCUGGGUCACUCUCAAUGAGCUUGUCUUGGAGCAGCCAACAAGUUCUGGGAAGAUCAAUUUCAGGACACCGACCGGAUUGUCCAGGACUUUCCCUGUUACAGCUUUUGUGGUUCCUGAGGUUGAGAAGCCUGCAGUGGCUAAAGAAGCUAUUGCAAAUUAGAGAUGCUUACUUACUCAAGUGUCUCUCUUUUUAAUUAUCUUAAAUCAUGUAUUACUUCCUACAUGUUAUGCUUCAUUUUAUAUUUUAAUAAGAUAUUUUUCAGUCUAAA